GCCUCCGACUCCCUGCAAAUCGCGCACUUCCGGAUAAUCACUGAUCACCGCAUCUACUCCACACUCUUGUGGAGUGGUAAAAAAAAUAAAUAAAUAGACCUUAGUGAUAUCAAAGUCUUAAUUUUCUUGCCGAUUCGAAGGAAGUUGGUUUUACCCCUAGGUCAUGGGAAACAGCGUGUCCGGGAUCUCACCUCUCCGGAGAGGACAUCAGAGCAGAUUUCACAGACUUCACAACUACCAUAAAGAUUCCCUGGGUGGCCCAUUUCCUUCAUCCGGUCACCAAUACAAUCAGAAGUCGAAGCGCUGCUUGCCCUUACAGCCAUGCAUGGGUAUUCCUGUCAGCCCACUGCUUUUCCACCCCAGUGCCAAGGGUUCACAGAUUGUCAUGGAUGUGGCCCAGAAGACAGUCAAAAGACAGGCAAGCUUUUGCAACGCUAUCACCUUCAGCAACAGACCCAUUGCCCUGUACGAACAGGUCCGCCUCAAGAUCACAAAGAAGCAGUGUUGUUGGAGUGGUGCUCUUCGCCUGGGCUUCACCUCUAAAGACCCCUCACGUAUCAACCCAGACAGUUUGCCCAAGUAUGCUUGCCCAGACCUGGUGUCUCAGAAUGGCUUUUGGGCCAAGGCACUGCCCGAGGAGCUAGCCAGUGAGGGCAACCUUGUUGCCUUCUGGGUGGACAAGAAGGGCCGCGUCUUCUACCGUGUCAACGGCUCUAGUCCCAUGCUAUUCUUUAGCGGUGUCCGGACCACCGAACCUCUCUGGGCACUCAUUGACGUCUAUGGCCUCACUCGAGGAGUCCAGCUGCUCGAUAGUGAAAUCAUCCCUCCAGACUGUCUCCGUCCACGCUCCUUCACUGCAGUACGAGGCCCCUCAUCACUGCGACGUGAGGCAGAGUCCUCUCGUCUGUCCGUCAGCCUCUGUGACCUCAACCUGGCACGAGAUGAGGCCAGACUCCGCCUCCCAUCCGCUCCUAUUGCCACCUCCCGUCCCAUUCCACAGAAUUCUUUGAACUCGUUCCUGCCAGCCGCCCUGGAAGGCGAGCUGCGUUUCCAUCAGCUGCGUGGUGCCCACCUCAAAGCUGUGGAUGAGCAGACAGUGGCACGCUGCAGUCACGGGCAUGAAGAAGAGGGCACACUGGUAUUCACUGAGCGUCCAAUACGCCUCUCAGAGACCAUCUACAUCACAAUGAACAAGUCAAGCCUGACUCGCUCAGGCUCACUGUCCUACGGUGUGACCUCGUGUGACCCUGCCACGCUGCGCCCAAUGGAGCUUCCCUCUAACCCGGAGGAGCUGGUGGACCGCAAGGAAUUCUGGGCUGUGUGCAGGGUCCCCUCUUCAAUCCAUUCCGGAGAUGUCCUGAGUUUCCUGCUCACACAGGAAGGAGAACUGAUCCUGAGCCAGAAUGGCAACAGUGCAGGCAUGCAGGCGUGCGUCGAUAACUCGCGCCCACUUUGGAUGUUCUUUGGGCUACAUGGUGCUGUUACGCAGCUAAGGAUUUUGGGCUCUAUUCACCCGAGCGAUACUCAAGGCCCAUCCAGCCCUAGCUCACCCUCCUCUUCUUCUUCUCACUCUCUUGGAGCAGGCCUAUGCAGUGGAAGCUCAGAGCCAACAAUAAAUUCAGGCUGCUCUGGAGCGUUCUGCACCUCCGUCACAGGAAAAACCCCAAGCUCACCCAUCCACCUGUCCAAGUCUCCAACCUUCCCAUCAUCCUUCAGCUCGUGGCAGGAUGAGUGCUCUAUCUGCUACGAGAACGCAGUGGACACGGUUAUCUAUGCGUGUGGCCACAUGUGCCUGUGCUACACCUGUGGCCUGCGCCUUAAAAAGAUGUCUAACGCCUGCUGUCCAAUCUGCAGGAGGGCUAUUAAAGACAUUAUAAAGACCUACCGGAGCACAUAGGAAUCAUAUUCCACUUUUGUAAUACACCAUAUGAUGGCCCAUGAAGGCCAAAACAAAGACACAUAACGAGACCCUCGCAUAUGAGGAACGAGGUUUCUGGUUCAGGGACAUGUACUUGGCCUUUCAUUGUUCCCAUGGUGAUGAAUUUGAACCGUAAAGCCUCAGGCAUCCGUCCGCAAAAAGGUCUCUUACAGUUUCAUGCACGAGGCUUUGUUGCUACGGUAACCGGUCGUGACGCUGCUCAGGAAAGGAGGAAUCUGAAUAAAACGCUCUUUUUUGAGGAGGAUAAAAGGAGACGCAAAACUGUAAAUAGCCUCAAGCAAAUCAGGAAGUUCCAGGAGACUUUAAUAUCUGAAAUGUUAAUAUCUCCAUCUUAUUUUCAACUCUUUCAACUCUUUUUGAGCCAUAGGAGACUCGGAGUCUCGUCUGUUUGCAGAUGUGGGAAGCUGGAAAAAGUAUUUUAACAUACUCAAAAAGAUAUACAAGUGAUAUUUUUUCCUUUAACCUUUCGGCCGCCCUUAAAACCUUUCCCGUUAGCUUCUUGUUUAAAUGUUUCAGUGUCACAAUUUCUGUCUGUGUACAGCUGAGAUUAAGUGAGGGAUGUACAGUAUGCCCCAAACCACGUGCUUGAAUGCUCUCGGACCUAACACUUAAGCUACUCUGCCAGCUUGCAGUGUUGAUGUAUCAAAUUGACUAAAGGACCUUGAAGGACUGAUGACAGUACGAUUCUGUGUUAAGCAGCGUAAUGUGAAACCUCAAUUCCCUGCUGAAACAAACAGAUUAAUAAUUCCAUGUGAUAAUAUGGUGCUGCUGGUGCAUUACGGAUGUGCCUGACUAGUCAAGUAUCUUUUGAACUGGUGUUAGUCAUAGUUGACUUUAUCAGGUGUUUUAAAUAGGACUAAAAUGGAAUUAAUUCUAAAUAAAUCAAGUUUUAGGGCAUUUUUACUAAGUGCUAAGCAUAAUAGUGAUAUAGUAUUCAAUUUUAAGUGGCAAAUACGCACUCAUCAAACAAAAUCCCAAAACCUAAUUCCUAGAUCAUUAGUGGACAAAUCAAACAAUUAUAGGGAGGUGGUAGCUCAGUGGUUAAGGCAUUGGGCUUUGGAUCAGAAGAUCACAGGUUCAAAUCCCACCACCACCAACCUGCCACUGCUGGGCCCUUGAGCAAAGCCCUAAAACCCUCCCCUGCUCAGUUGUAAGUCACUCUGGAUAAGGAUGUCUGCCAAAUGCCGCAAAUGUAAAUGUAUUUCAACCUAAAACAUGGAAGCUUGUCAGAUGAAGAUAGAAAGCAAGAAGAGAUGAGAAAAACACCUCAAACUAUUGUAAGUUAUCUGAGCUAGCUAGCUAGAUUUGUACUGUAUGUGCUUUUUGAACAUCCCAUUCCAUAUUUAGUCCCCAUUUCCUGUUAUACUAACCUCCUUUUCUUGGGAAGAUGUUCCAAUAGAUUGUAGAGUAUGGUUGUGUAGAUUUGUGCUCAUUCAGACACAAGAGCUUUUGUAAAAAAAAGUUAGGUACUAAUGUAGGGUAAGGAGGCCUGAGAUAAAGUCAGCGUUUCAAAUCAUCCUAAAGGUGUUCAGUAGGGUUGAGGUCUGAUCUCUAGAGCAGGCCACUUACGAUCUUCCACAACAACAAUUGUAAACUACAUUUUAAUGGAGCUGGCUUUGUGCACAGCUGCAUUGCUGUAAAAGCAUGUUUGGGUCUCCUAGUUCAAGUGAAGGGUAAAAUUUAAUGAUACCGCAUCCUAGACAAUUGUAUUUAUUUCUUGUUUAUAAAAGCAAUAUGCAGUUAUACUGAAUAUCAGCAUCGCUGUAAUUAGCUACAGCACUUUUGCUUUGCUUAUAAAGUCCACUAUAGCAGAGAUAGAUUCAGUAAACUAAAGAGGCAAGGAGUACCAGGUAAGAGGUAUCUGUAAUCAGAGGUUACCAUUGGUGCGUCUGAGAUGUGGGGGUGGUUAAACAUUAAAUGAUUAUGGAAGCUCGCUAAAUUAAGAAAAUGUAAAUUAAAGAUCUGCACAUAAUUAAUAAUUAAAAUGCUGUUUCUCCUGCCAGCAAGGUGUAGAGAAAUGCAGCUGAGAGACGUCUGGUGUGGGCCGACAGGUCGUGACGUAACACUUACGCAACGCAUCCGGCGUGAACUCGGGGUUAACGUUUAAAUGUCAAGCUUUGAUUAAGUCAGUGCAUAGUUCUAUAGUGAAAUUGCCUUGAGCCUAAUCAAUUCAGUUUGGAAUCUGAUACCAGCUGACAAAAUGGGCGCGUUGCCCUUACGCUGUAUUUGGAAUUAAAAUUUUGAAUUUCCUUUUUCACUCUUGUGAGGAAGUAGAUUGGUUCAGAGUAGACAAUCUCAGAAUGUCAUGAGGAAAAGUUUUUAAGACCACCACCAACACCAUUACCACCAAAGAUCAUACAUUAAGAUAUUAAAAAAACACUAAAAAUGCAUUUUAUAUUACUAUUAUAUAGGUCAUAAUUUUCAUGUGUAUGAAAAAUGGGUGUGAUUGGAGUAUUAAAAAAUAAUAAUUAUUAAAAAAAAAAGCACCAGAAUAAUUUUAAAUUCCAGCAGCCAGGUGGCAAAGCAGGUUAAUCACAUGACUUAACAAAAUACACAUUUCUUAUACAAACUUCUCUUUAGAAAAGAACUGGAAAGAAAAAUAGGGUUAUACUUAUUUUUCUGUGGUAUUUCUUUUAAUCAGUCUAAAUCAGGAUGCUGCAAUCAAAGCUCCAGUCUGACUCUGAAGCUCAUGCCUCCGUUGUCAGUUUUGCCAUUCAAGUGUUGCAAACAGCUUCUUGAAGCACUCAGCACAUGCAAUUGCCAUGGAGACGGGAAUCUUGGGAAAGCGGAAACACAGCCUUGAGAUGUUAAACAAUGGACCGAUCAUUUGUCAGAUGAGGCUAUUUGGUUUGCCCGGGCAAUCCAUAAUUCACCAUGUACCCUCUUUAUUCGAGGUCAAAUAUGACAUGUUGCAGGAUAACUACUUGAGGGCAGUGGGGAAGCACAUGGUUGCAGACAUUUUGAGCUGGAACAUGCGUAUUAUAUUGUGUUUGAACGCAAGAUACAUGAGAAUGCAAUGUGUUUGAGUGAAGAGGAGCUGAUGUUUGGAGGACAAAGGGAAAGAUUUCAGUGUCAUUUUGCCUUAAGAGUGCUUUUAGCCAUACAUUUAUAGCUGGAGAUGGACUGAUAUAAUUUGAGACACACCCUUUUCACUGGUACUCAUAGGAAAAGGUUUGUCACUCAAUGUCAGUAAUAUUCUCAUACUUCAGAACAUCAAAUAUCUAUGCUGCUACAGCAACACACAGUUCAUCUACAGGCAAUGUUACAACGACAUCCAUCUGGACUUUACUCCAUUUCAUCGCUGCUGUCACAAAAAAAUCUCAUAUUUUGACUUUGUGUAUAUAUUUGAAAGCUGGACAUCCUUUUUUUAUGCACCCAAAGUUAGAAAGCAGCGUAUGUUUUGUAAUAAAUAAAGCAAGACUGUAGAAAGAUUCUUGUAUGACAAUACCCUACAUGCAAUAUUUUGUUUUUUUUCUACAACACUUGGAGCUGUAAGAUUUGCUUGCAUUAUUCACUUUUUAUAUGUUAAUGAAUAUCAAUUGAUCAUGAACCUGAAUUUCUAUUCAAACUCUCACAUUCUAUCCAUUGUUUCUUUACAAUGGUGAGACUUAAAAUCAGAAUUAUUUGAUUGGAUGUUCCUCUCUGGAAGACAUAGAAGAUGCUUAGCUUCUAUCCAUGAGCUAUACUGUGGGGUUUUGCAGUGAACAAUCAUAAAACAUUGUUAUGUUCCUUGCAGGUUUAAGAUAAGCACACAACGGCGGCAAUGUAUAAUCUUUAGUUUUGCCGUAAUGAUAAGGACGAUAAAAACCAGCUAUUUUGUGAUUAAACAUCACAUCGAAGCUCACAAUCCUGAGCUCAAGUUAGUGCCUGUGUGUGGGGUUUCAUCUAGGUUUUCCAUUCACUGUCCAAAAACAUACCAGUGGGUUGAUUGGCUGCACCGAAUCGUCCCUGGUGUGAAUGUGCGUCUGCUUAGUGUGUUUUGAUGACCUGGUGUCUCAUGUAGGGAGUAUUCUUUCAUCUCAAGUGUUCCCAGGAUAAGUUCUGGAUCCACCACAAACGUGACUAAAAUACAGCGAUUAUUAAAGAUGAAUGAAUGAAUUUAUAAUCUUAAAUGAUGAGAAAAAAAGGCCUUCCUUGUGUUUUAAAGUCACUUUAUAAAGCUUGUGAUUGUACUUUUUCUAAACAGCUUUAUUUCUGUCGUUUUGACCAAUGACCACUUAAUAUUGAUUUCCUGACCAAAUGCAUUCAUCCAGCAUUGUGGAAGAGCACUAGCUCUGUCCUAAAGUGAAACUUAGUGUGAUAUAAUCAGUUAUGAUUUCCCCCCCUGUUGUAUCAUCACAUUGUAAAGAUGAUGAGAAUAACUUUUGCUGAGAAGAUCGAAAAAGAUGCUCCACAGCUGGCUUUACUUCUGAUCGUUGUCAACUUUGUAAUACUGAGUUUAUUCAUGUAGUGUAUGAUGUGUUGAAUGUUCAAGUAUAUGGUACAGAUAAUCACCUUUUAGACAUCUUGAAUAAAUCUCCUUUUUCUAUUUGCAGGAAUAUGAGGUUUUAGUUCUUGCAACGUGACAUUCUAAAUUCAUUUCCUUUGUGCACCUUAUUUUAGUUCAAUUUAUUUAACAUAUGUAGAUGAUUACUAAUCAGGUUAGGCUUUAAAAUCUUUUUUAAUGUCUUCUGCUUGCUUCUGCAAGCGCAAUGAACACUAAAUCCAGUUCAUGCUGCAACCAGGUAAACAUGGUGUGAUGCUGGUAAAAGAGAAGAUGCAGGACUUAGCAGUUACAGUUUAUGGGCCAGAAAAAGCUAAACUACAAAUGUAAAAAAAAAAAAAAGUAAGGAAAUAAAAUGUUUCCAUAGUUAUUGUAUGGCAAUUUUAUAGUAAGUAUGUCAUUUUCUAAAGAAUCAUUAAAAUAAUAUUUAUUAUUACAAGUUUAGAAACCUUCCGCACCUUUGAAGAUGUUUUUAUUCAAUAGUGUGAUUCGGUUAAUCCGUGUUUAAUUUUCACAUAUAGCUCAAUGUUGCUGGUUUGCAGUUCACCGUAGUUUCAAAGCCAGACAAAUCAGUGAUUUAAUGAACUGAAACCUUAAGAAGCAACUCACCCAUUAGAAAACUUAUUCAGUGUGUGAAUCUAUUUUCUGUCGUGCAAACGUUGUCCGGGGUGUUUAUUUUUACUCUACUGCUGCAGACGGUGACUGAUUUGUAAGCUUUGUACAGUAUAGUGUGAGUCAUAGAAUGAUUGUGUCAAUAAACUUUUCAAAUGUGUUUCAGCUACA